AUGGCUCCACGAGGCUUUACGAACCCGGCUCCGAAGUCAGCGCGCUCCGCGCUCAGUUCCUUCACCUGCACCCUCUGCAACAAAUCCUACUCCCGCCACCCCGAAUAUGAAGCGCACAUAUCCUCCUACGACCACCAACAUCGCAAGCGCCUACAAGACCUUAAACAGCUCUCCCGAGACCCACUGGCAGCCGAAAAGGCGAGGCGGGCCGAGAAGAAAGCUGAUGCAGAGGCUGGCCUGAGAGUUCUAGACGCGGGGAAGACGGGCACAGCCCCAUCAAGCACGACAAGUAGUGGAGGCGGUGGCGGUUUCAAAAAGGGAGGGUUCAAGAGUUCGUUUACGACUGUCAAGGGACCCGCUGCGAAAAAGAACGUUCUUGGGGAGGAUGAUGACGAGGGAAGUACGGGCGGUGCGGAGGGUGCGAGUGAUGCGGCUCAUCCGAGGUCUAUAAGACCACCUCCUAAUUCCUUGCAAGCUGGAGGGGAGAGCGACACAGAUGAACAGUAUGCGGCUGAUAAUGCGGGUGGGGGUUACUAUGAUCCGCGCAGACCGACUGAUUGCUUCCCUGAAUGCGCGGGGAGCCACCAUAUCCGGGCCCAGGCUUGGACUUGA